AUGCUGGAGCUGAGACUGGAACACGGGACCCCGACCAUCACCUCCACCACCUCCGGACAUGUCAAUUUGCCUUCAAGUCGGCCACUGCCCUGCAUCACCACCCCAGCUUCCAGGAAAAUACUCCGGCCAAGGACCCCAGCCUCUCUUUCUGGAGCACUCAGCUUUGACUUGGGUCCCAUAUCCAGCUCUGUCCUGACUUGCGGGUCCGCUUUAGAAAAGUCAGGAGACUCCUGGGGAAAUAAGGCAAUGGCCUCCUCCAGUCUCAUUGCUCCGUGGCCACCAGAGACCCUGGGAUCCACUUAACACCUCAACAAAUCCUCACCAUGCCAGAGACUGGGCGGUUGGCCGGGAGCAGCCUUUGCAAUCCCAGAGCUGACAUUCCACAGCGCUGUGCACCAAAGCAAGGCCUGUCAGUGAUAUUUAAAAGCAUCUCUCUCUCUUGACAUCAGAAUCAAUCUUCUGGGAAGAUCCCCCUCAUCUCCACCUUCCCUGAUACAACUGAACAGAGUUCAAGAAAGACACAGUUGGCAAGUUAUCCACUUCCCACCUUGCUUUCUUGGUCAGGAAGAUGGGGAUGCUAAGAGGGCAUGUGCCACAGGACAGUUUUAGAUAAUACAUGAGGAUGUCAGUGUAGAGUCCAAUAGCACAAGGCACGGCCUUUCACAUCAACUGGCAUUUACUGAGCACUGGUAUGUCAGUUCCUUUUCCACAGAAUACUCACAGAAAACAUAUGUGCACACAUGCUGCCAUAACCAAUGAGGAUCUGGCAUCAUCUGAGAGCUGGUACCUCUUUAUCUGGACCUUUGCACAUGCUCU